AUGGAGAAACGACGUAGUUCCCUGAAGACUUGGAGAGUGCUCAAUUUCGAGCUUCAUCGCCUAUCAGUUGAUCUUCUGUUCAUGAAGCAUUCAAUUGCAAGGGAUCCAUCCCCCCGUUUUUAUUUGUUACGCGUCCUGUCCCGCUUGGUGGUCUGCUCCACCCUCGUCCUGGCACUCAGUGUGGCUCUCACCCGCUCUCGUCUCUCCCUCCUUCUCCCCCACCUUUCUUCCAACCACAAAAUCAUGUCCUACCAACAAGAACGCUACAUCGCCGAACUAGCCGUCCAGCGGGCGUGCCUUCUGACCCAGAAGGUCUUCUUCGAGAAGGCCAAGGGUACCGUCUCCAAGGACGACAAGUCCCCCGUUACCAUUGGCGACUUCGGCGCCCAGGCCCUGAUUAUUUCGGCCAUCCGCAAGAACUUCCCCAAUGACGAGAUCGUUGCCGAAGAGGAGGCCAGCUCUCUCCGUGAGGACAAGGACCUCAGCGCUGAGAUCUGGCGCCUGGUCAAGGACAUCAAGCUCGACGAUGCGGAAAGCGACAACCUGCUCGGUGGUCCCCUUGCCAGUGAGCAGAGUAUGCUGGACAUCAUUGACAACGGCAACAGUGCCGGUGGUCCUAAGGGCCGCAUCUGGGCCCUCGACCCCAUCGACGGCACCAAGGGCUUCCUCCGUGGCGGUCAGUACGCCGUCUGCCUCGGCCUGAUGGUCGACGGCGACGUCAAGGUCGGUGCCAUCGGUACCCCUAACCUCCCCAUCGAUGACGCUGCCGCCAUUGAUGCCAGCACCGGCGCCCAGCAGUCCGAGUCUGCCGGCAAUGGUGUGCUCUUCUCCGCCAUCCAGGGUGAGGGUGCCACCAGCCGCCCUCUGGCCAGCGGUGCUCUUGCUGCUAGCAAGCCUAUCUCGAUGCGCCCCGUUGCCAAGAUCUCGGACGCCGUUUUCUGUGAGGGUGUUGAGGCUGCGCACUCCGCCCAGGGCGACAACGCCGCCGUCGCUGAGCGUCUCGGCAUUACCGCCCCUAGCGUGCGACUGGACUCGCAGGCCAAGUACUGCUCCAUUGCUCGUGGUGCUGGUGACAUCUACCUGCGCCUCCCCGUCAAGAAAGACUACCAGGAAAAGAUCUGGGAUCACGCCGCUGGUGACCUGAUUGUGCGCGAGGCUGGCGGUCAGGUGACUGACAUCUACGGCAACCGUUUGGACUUCAGCAAGGGCCGGACCUUGGCUGCCAACAAGGGUGUCGUUGCUGCUCCCAAGGCUUUCCAGGACCAGGUCAUUGACGCUGUCAAGGUAGUUCUGAAGCUGUAA